AUGUAUUAGCAGCGUAGCACUGUUGGAUAGUCUAUCUUCUAAAAUGAUAUUCCCACUUAAAACAUUAACCCAAAUGAUGUUAUGAUGUAAAAUAUGAUGAAAAUGUUUUAAUCUCAAAUGAUUUCAAUGAUGCAAAGCCAUUCAUCUGGAUUCGAUUUGGAGAAAUUUUAUAUGCAUAAAGUGAAUGAUAUGAAUUAGUUUUAUAAUUAAGUGAAACCAGAUGAAUGUUAAUUGUAGCAAACCUCCCAAUUCAUAAAUGCUUAUAAUCCAAAUAAAUAUUAUGAAGAAACCUAUACAAAUACAAAUAGAUAGCUAAAUUUUGAUGAUAUCCCUGUCUCAAAUACUAACAACAACGAAUUCCAAGAUUACAAUCUUUAAUAAAAUGAAUAUUUUAAUCAACAAAAGAAUAAUAAUCAAGAUUAAAAACCAAGAGGUUCGUAAAAAUAGGUUGAAAGAGGAUAUUAUAAUCAAUUUGAUGAUGAUUAAAAUUCAAUCAGACAAUCCUCACAUAAUUUUGAGAAUGAAGAUUACAAUAGACAUUAAUCAAGGUAAUUUAUGAAUUCAAACAUCAAUUAAAAAUAAUCCAAUAAUAAUAAUGAUCAAACUAAUAAUAAAUAUAAUAAUCAAAGAAAUUAAAAUAAUGAAAAUAAUUAUUAAAAAAAUAUAAAUAGAAGUCAAUAUAAUAAUGAAGACAAUUAAUAUCGAAAGCAGUCUAAUCCUUUUGAUGAAAUGCCGAUCAAGCCAAUGCAAUAGAAUCAAUUUGAAGAUAAUAUGAUUAAUCAUAAAUAGCUCGAAGAUAUUUCCAACACAAUUAAAAAUGAAGAUUAUAAUAGAAAAAAUUCUGAAAUUUUCUAAGAAAUAUAAAGAAAGAAUAGUUAAAUGGAAGAAUAACCAAAAAAAAAGUUGAAUUAUUAAAAUUCGUAUGAUGCUUUUGAUGAAAUGCCAAUUAAACCUACAAAAAUUAAUGUUUUUGAUGAAAUGCCUAUCAAACCAACUAAAUAAAAUACCUUUGAUGAAAUUCCAAUAAGACCUGCUAAACAAGGUACCUUAGAGGAAAUUCCCAUAAGACCUGCUAAAUAAAAUUCCUUUGAUGAUAUUCCUAUAAGACCUGCCAAAUAAAAUUCAUUUGAUGAUAUUCCUAUUAAACCUACAAAAUAAAAUGUUUUCGAAGAAAUACCAAUCAAAACUGCUAAAUAGAAUGCUUUUGAUGAUAUUGCAAUAAAACCUACAAAAAAAAAUUCAUUCGAUGAAAUUCCAAUUAAAUCCAAUUAUCAGAAUUAAAUAGAAGAUUAAACUAAUGGAUACUCUAAAUAAAAUAAUUAAGUGAAUGAAAGAGCUAAAUAAAAUUAAAAUGCAAAACAAUAACCUAAAUACUAAGUUGAGGAUAAUCAAAUGAAAACCUAUAAAAAUUAUGAAGAAAUAUCAAUAAAAUCCACAAAGCAUUAAAAUUUGGACACAUUACCUGAAAGAAAUCCUUUUCAAAGACAGUAAAAUGAAAAUUUAGAAUAAAAUCAUGAAGGUUAAGUAAAUGUUAAGAAAAAGCCUUUUUUGAAAAAAGGUACAAGAUAAUUUUUAUCAAAUGCAUAAUAAAGAUCGGACAUAGCAAAAAAGGAACAUGAAGAUAUUAUGAAAGAAAAUAAUGCAAUUGGUAAUCCAAUUAUGCAGAACUAAAAUUUUUAGGCUAAACCAUAAAAAUCAUCUAUUCCUUCAAGAUUUGAAAAAUAAGAGUAGAGAGAAGUGUAAAAUAAAACAAAGCGAUCAGAAACACCUAAAGAAUAGCCUAAGCCAAAGUCAUAAAAUUAACAAUAAAAGUAAAAAGAACAUUAAAAAUAGUAAGAAAGUUAAUACUCACCUCAUCUUUCAAGUAAAGAGUAUUAGUUUGAUAAUAAUGAAGAUUGGAAUAAGGAGUAAACUACUUAAAAUUAAAAAAUCACUUCUUCUUAUUUUGGUUUAAAAAAAGAGGUUAAAGUUGAGAAAUCAAAUCAUUCUGAAAGUGAAGAGGAUAGUACAAAAAAUUAAGUUUAAGAUAAAAUAAGUAAUCUUAAUAUGGAAAUAGCUAAAUUUAAAAGUGAAAAUGAUAAAUUAAAGAAAACAUAAGGAAAAUAUGAAGAGUUAUUAAAGUAAUUAUAAAGGGAAAGAGAUGAAUGGGAAAAGUAAAAAGAAAAUGAGAAAUUGUAAUUGGAUGAAUGGAAAGAAGAAGAGAAAAAGAAAAUGUUGAGAGAAAAAAGAGUGUUUGAAAGAUAAGCAAAGUCUAAUUAAAGCAUUCCCAAUAGAAAGGAAAAGGAAGAGAUAGAAUAACUUAAAUAACAAGUUUAGAAAUUGUAGGAAGAGUAAAAACUUAAAGAUUAAAAAAAUAAAUUGGCUUAUGAUAGAAUUAGGAAAUAAUAUGAAGAAGUAAAUCAAAAGAAUCAAGACUUAUAAUCAGAACUAAAAGCAUUAGAAUUAAGACUUUUAGAAUAAAAGAAACCCUCUUAUGUGUAAUCUUAAACUUCAAUUUAACCAAAUAAAUAAUAAUAGAUACAAAUUAAAUAAAAUUAAUCAGUCAUAUCAUAAAAAUAAGAAGUUCCUCCUUAAAAAUUAAGAAAUCAAAGUCCUCAAAGUGUUCCUGAUGAUUAAUCAUUUAAAGAAAAAAAAUCAAUAUAGGAUAGGAAGAAUUAUUAUUUAGAUGAAGAUGAAGAUGAUUUUGAAAAUGAAAAUGAAAAUGAGAAUGAUGAUUACUAAAAAAACGAUGAGGAAGAAGAUGAUGAUGAUAAUUAAAGUGAUGCAUUAUCUGAGAAGUAUGAAGAUAUAAUGGAGAAAUCAAUGACUUAAAAAUCUAAAACUAAUAUUUCAAAUUAAUAAAAAUAAAAAAAAUACGAUUUAGUAAGUAUGCAAGAUCAAGACAUACCAUUUACGAUAAAAAACAUAAAUAAUUUAAUUAGUGAAUAAGAAUUCAUAUAUGAUUAGAAUCGCUUUUAUUUAAUGUAUAAGAGAAAUAAGGAGUUGCCAUCUAAAAUAGUUAAUUAGAAUGUAGGUUCUGAUGGGAAGGUUUCUAGAUAGUAUGCAAACGGAAAAAAAGAAGUAGUUUUUCAUAAUGGAGUCAAAAGAGAAGUGUUCCCUGAUGGAUAUGUAAUCGUUCAUUUUACUAAUAAAGAUGUAAAAUAGACUCUACCAAAUGGAACAAUAAUUUAUUUUUUUGCAGAUGCCCAUACAACUCAAAUAACUGUACACAGUGGUCCAAAUAUUUAUAGAUUUUCGAAUUAAUAGAUUGAAAUCCAUUUUGCAGAUGGUAGAAAGGAGAUUAGGUUUGGAGAUGGCACUGAAAAGUAUAUCUCAACAAAUGGCGAAGAAUAAACCUUUUUCAGUGAUGGCAUUAUCCAAAGGAUAGAUAGCAAGAAAAUAAAAUAAAUAGAAUAUCCAAAUGGAAAUAUUGAUAUAAUAUAUCCUGAUGGACAAAAACAAAGAUAAAUUAAAAAAUGA